UCCUCUUCUUCUUCAAAAAAAGCUUCUCUUGCCUUCCUUUUCUCUCCCUUACCGCCAUGGAGACAGCAGAAGAGAGCUUUUGGGUCUUCGCCCUCGCAGCGAAAUGCGAAGCUUCUUCAUCUCAAAACCUCAUCGGCUUAGCAUUUCUCCUGGUUUUCGCAUGGCUGCUCACCACCUUCCUUUAUUGGGCCCACCCCGGUGGACCAGCUUGGGGAAAAUACUGGUGGAAAAAGCCAAAGCCCAUGUCCAACGCCAAUCCCAUCCCAGGUCCUCGAGGCUUCCCUUUCCUCGGCAGCAUGCACCUCAUGGCUCGCCUCGCCCACCGCCAGCUAGCUGCUGCGGCCCACCGAUUCAACGCCAAACGCCUCAUGGCCUUCAGCCUCGGCGACACACGUGUCAUCCUCACAUGCAAUCCGGACGUCGCGAAGGAGAUCCUGAACAGUUCGGCCUUCGCGGACCGUCCCGUGAAGGAAUCUGCCUACAGCUUGAUGUUCCACCGCGCCAUCGGAUUCGCUCCGUACGGUUCUUACUGGCGCACCUUGCGACGUAUCGCGGCCACGCAUCUCUUCUCCCCGAAGCAAAUCAGCAGCGCGGAAUCACAGCUGUUCGACAUAGCAGCUCAAAUGGUACGAACCGUCCAUCGCGGCGGACCGAUCCGUGUCCGGGAGAUCCUCAAGCGAGCCUCUUUGAACAACAUGAUGUGCUCCGUUUUCGGCAGAAAAUACGAUAUUUCUACAGCAAAUGAAGAAACGGAAGAACUCAGUACCUUGGUGGAAGAAGGAUACGACCUGCUUGGAAAGAUGAACUGGUCAGACCAUCUCCCGAUUCUAUCUGGCUUCGACCCGCAGAAAAUCCGGUUCCGCUGCUCGAAGCUCGUGCCGAAAGUGAACCGGUUCGUCAGCCGGAUUAUCGCAGAGCAUAGAUCUCAGACCGGCGAGAGAAAUCAGGAUUUCGUUGAUGUGUUGCUUGGUCUACGAGGCAGCGAUAAACUAUCGGAUCCUGAUAUGAUUGCCGUACUGUGGGAAAUGAUAUUUAGAGGAACGGACACGGUGGCGGUUUUGAUAGAGUGGAUACUGGCGAGGCUUGUAUUGCAUCCUGAUAUUCAAUCCAAGGUUCACGAAGAGCUUGACGUCAUUGUCGGAAAAUCCCGUCCGGUGACGGUAUCUGACAUCCCUGCGUUGGUUUACCUGCAAGCUGUGAUAAAGGAGGUUCUAAGGCUUCAUCCGCCGGGCCCACUCCUUUCAUGGGCCCGGCUGUCCAUUACUGACACGACGGUUGAUGGGAGGCACGUGCCAGCGGGGACCACCGCCAUGGUGAAUAUGUGGGCUAUCACACGGGACCCGGACAUAUGGGCGCAGCCUACUUCGUUCCUGCCUGAGAGGUUUGUCUCGGUUGAAGCUGACGUGGAAUUCUCUGUGCUCGGGUCGGAUCUUCGUCUCGCGCCGUUCGGGUCGGGUAGGAGGAGCUGCCCGGGCAAGGCACUGGGGCUAACCACGGUCAGCUAUUGGGUCGCGUCUCUGCUGCACGAGUUCGUGUGGGUCCCGUCGGAGCUGGACGCCGUUAAUCUCUCGGAGGUUCUGAGGCUGUCCUGCGAAAUGGCAUCCCCUCUCACGGUUAAAGUGCACCCUCGGCGUAGAUAAGCAGCGUUGGGUUUUCAAUCUGUAAAUUGCCUGUGAUGUCUGGACGUCGAUCGUGGCAGAUCUUUACCGUUUUACUCUUUGGUAGUUUCAUGCUUUUUCUACUGUUGAGUUUUGACUGUCUGUAAAUCUAGUAAAAGUUAAAUUAUGUUAUGGACCUUUUAAACCUUC